GCGAGAGACCGCGAGCAUAGCAGUAUUUACUCAUUACCCUCAACGUAGGAACAAGUGCCAAGUCAGCUGUAGUUUUUUCCCCCAUUUUCCUCCUUUCGUGUGUCCAGGUCGACCCAGACAGUCAAGAGAUUGUCCAGCACAAACCAUCAAGAUGUCGUUAACUUUGACAAAUGAUUUGGUGGCACAGUACCAGGAGCAGGUGGAGAGUGAGGCGAGUUCUUGCUUAGCCAUGAACGCCUGCUGGAAGUCGGACCCCCUGGAUAUGUGCCUCCGCCGCAACAAGGUCAUGGAAUGCAAUCACAUCUUUACGCAUAAGGUCGAGAACGAAGGAAGGCCAGUCACCAACCAGAAGUCCUCCGGGAGAUGCUGGAGCUUUGCUUGCCUCAAUGUGAUGCGCAUCCCUUUCAUGAAGGCGUGUAACAUAGAUGAAUUUGAAUUCUCUCAGGCAUACCUCUUUUUCUGGGAUAAGAUUGAACGUUGCAACUAUUUCCUCAACAAAAUGGUGGAGUGUGCCAAACGAGGCGAGGAAGUCGAGGGCAGACUGGUCUCCUUCCUCCUCCACGACCCGAUCAGUGAUGGAGGCCAGUGGGACAUGCUGGUGAAUCUCAUCACUAAGUAUGGAGUUAUGCCAAAGAAGUGUUUCGCAGAGUCAUACAGUGCUGAGAACUCCAUGCGCAUGAACAGGAUUCUCCAAAGCAAGUUGCGUGAAUACACAAAGGACCUGCGGGCUGUUAUCAACAAAGGAGGAGAUGAUGCAGCAGUGGCAGAGAUGUUGUCUACCCAGAUGGGUGAGAUUUACCGCAUUGUCUCGAUUUGUCUGGGCAUGCCUCCCAAGACCUUCUGCUGGGAGUAUUAUGACAAGUCAAAGGCUUACCACAAGGUUGGCCCAAUUACUCCUCUGGAAUUUUACAAUGAGCAUGUCAAGCCAGUGUAUAAUGUGGAGGAUAAGCUAUGUUUAGUAACAGACCCCAGGGAAAAGAAUGCCUAUGGCAUGGCAUACACUGUGGACUGCUUAGGCAAUAUGGUAGGGGGACGAAAGACCAUUUACAACAACCAGCCUGUCGAGCUCCUCAUGAGUUUAAGUGCUGAUAGCAUCAAGAGUGGUGAGGCCGUGUGGUUUGGAUGUGAGGUUGGCAAGAGGUUUGCCGGCAAGCAAGGCAUUCAGGACCUUGAAAUCCAUGAUUACAAAUCUGCCUUUGGAGUGGAAGUCAACUUGGGUCUCUGCAAGGCUGAUCGUCUGGUCUAUGGUGAAUCGCUCAUGACUCAUGCCAUGACCUUCACUGCAGUAACCCUUAAUGAGUCACAGACUGCAGAGAAGUGGCGUGUUGAAAACAGCUGGGGUGAGGACAGAGGUGAAAAGGGAUACCUUAUCAUGACCUCCGAAUGGUUCCGGGAGUUCGUCUUUGAAAUUGUGGUGGACAAGAAGUUCGUCCCAGAAGACGUUUUGUCAGUAUUCAGUCAAGAGCCCAUUGUGCUGCCAGCAUGGGACCCCAUGGGAGCUCUGGCCCGCAAAGAACCAGUGCUAUUACAGCUUUAAUUAGUUUUAAUGUUUAUAUACUCUUCUUGAAACUGUUGAUUAUGAAAGGCUUUUGUUCUGAAAAGCCUCUGCUUCACUUUUGGAAUUUGUUUCUAUUCAUCUGAAACUUCACUAAUGUCCACAGAUAUUGAGAGCUUCAAGUCAGUGAUAUACUUUUCUAAUAGAAGAACAAUAAGAUGGAAAACUAUAUUUUUUCUUGCUGUUUGUAUGUUGGGCAUAGAAGGAAACUUGGAAUCUCACUCUGAACCUUUUAAUCAGUUCUUAUCACCCAUUCACACAGCCACCUUGGGUGUACAUUGAUGUCCAAGUGAAUUCAGUGUGCUGGAUUACUGUGGUAUUAAGGUCAUUUUAACCCUUUGGCUGCAUCACUGGAUAAUAGGUGGAUUAUUCUAUACACAUUUUAUUCACAAGGUACCAGGUUUGCAUUUUACUCACUCUUUUUCAUUGUGUGUCAUGAAUCAACCCUGUGAGUGACAUAUCUAGCAUUUAAACUCUUUUAGGAGGUAUCUUUUAUAGGAAUGUCUUUCUUUGAAACAUAAAGAUAUAUAUUGAAACUAGAAAGGUUGACCCAUGAACACAUUUUUUAUUUUUAUAUAGUGGUAGCUUUCUAGGUCAUAUUUUCUUAAUGAGAGAGAAUAGGAGAAUAAGGCUUUUCGAGAGACAUUAAAUUCAAGUAUUCUGGGAGAAUAUCAUUUAUAUUCAUUAAAUAAUAUAUUUUUAUUCACCUAAUGAGAAACAAGGCAGCCAAAGGGUUAAAUAUAGGAUAAUUUUUGUUUCUUUUGGAGGCUGGCUGUUCAUUGGAUAUCCUUCCUUUAGUCCUAUUGUCAAUAUUGUCAAUAUAAACUCCAUUUACUUGGCAGUUGAAGUGAAGAGAUGAAGCAAGUAUUUUCACACUACAAGUUUCCUUUUGUGCUAUUGCUUUUUACUCACAAUUUCAGCUAACACGAUUGUUGCCCUAUAAUCCCAUUAUUGCAAUAUUGUUUAUAUCUUCAGGUAUUCAACUUGUUUUUUUCUAGUAAAGAAAGUAACAGA